GCAUAAACAACAUAUUAACCCUUGUCUCUUCGUGCCUUACGACUGAUGUAACCCGGAGCAAUCAGUGGGAGAGGCCUGCUGUAAUGUUGGGCGAGCAUGGGUGCAGUUCCUGGAGUGACCGCAAGGUGGCGAGCUACCUGAAGUUCUGUUGACCCUCGUCGGUAGCCGUAGCCAGGCUGUGUAAUUGCUGCUGUUGCUGUAUUACAAUUGCCAGUGUGCCCUGGAAGUUGUAGGGAGGGAAUGGGACUGCUGGUGAGGGGGCUGCUGCUGGCCCCUGCAUGGAGGACCCUGGGGGCUGCUGCUCCUGCCCUCUGCAAAGGUGUCCGGUUCGCCUCGGUCCAGGCCUAUGACAUCCCAGCGGAGGACCAUGAACCCCCUCUACAGAUCGGUGAUCCACAAGGCCUGUACCCGCACCACAUCCCCACCAACACCCUCCAGAAGCUGCUGCUGUCCGCCGGCUCUGCCUUCAUGUCCUUGUAUGACCCCUACAGACACGAUAUGAUCGCGGUUCUCGGGGAAACCACCGGCGCCCUGGCCCUGCAGAAGCUGCGCGAGACAAUGAGCAAAGACCCAGAGGGGGUGCAGAUCCUGCAGGAGCGCCCCCGUAUCCGGAUGUCUAACCUGGAUAUUGAGAGGUUUAGAGAGUUGCCCGAUGGGACGUUCGGCAGAGAAUAUGUCAGGUUCCUGGAUGUCAAUCACGUCACGCCCGACACCCGCAUGCCGGUGAAGUUUGUUGAUGACGAGGAGCUGGCCUAUGUGGCCCAGCGAUACCGAGAAGUCCAUGACCUCAUGCACACCCUGCUGGGGAUGCCGACUAACAUGCUAGGGGAAGUCGUAGUCAAGUGGUUUGAAGCGGUGCAGACCGGACUGCCCAUGUGCAUGCUGGGAGCUGUGUUUGGACCGCUGCGCCUCAGCGCCAGGAGGAAGAAGAAAUUGAUGGAGCUGGUUCCCUGGGCGGUGCAGACUGGGCGUAACGCCCGCUGCGUUCUUAACUUCUACUAUGAGAAGCGAUGGGAGCAGACGGUGGAGUCCUUGAGGGAAGAGAUUGGGGUCCUGCCCCCUCCCACCAUCAAGGAUGAAAUAUACAAGUAAUUGUGUCGAUUCCUGUGGAAACCGCCUUUGGUUCCAGCAUUGCAGCCGUCCUUCUCCGUACAUAUGGAACGUCCUAUUAC